UAUAUCUGUGUGUUCCUCUAUUCUUAUUUCUCAUAUAUCUCAAUACCAGUCAUUGAUAAUAAUAUAGACGGGCACGACAGUUGAAUUUCAAAUAAUACAAAGCCGGUUUGUAUUGGUAUACGUCUAUAGGUGUCACAUUUUGAAUCUGAAUUUGACAUUUCGUCAUUCGUUGGCUGUUCACGUUCUCCGCGUCGUUGUGUGUUACUACUAUUUAUUGAACAUUAAUAUCGCUUUUGUUACAAAUACAUUUUAUGAUUAUGAGUGAUCAUCAUAAUUUGUGCGAUGUUGUCAUGGACGAAGAGGGAAGACUUUCGCCGAAAAGAAAAAAUCCCAGUGGAAAACUUGUAAGCAGUGGUCAAAGGGAGAUUAUUGUCAACAUGUACAAGGACAUUAAAAGUAAACAUCCAGAAAUGAAAUACAGACCAAUGAUACUCGAAAUAAAUCAAACCACAGGUAUUGGUCGUCAAACCAUCUGCUCUACCAUAUCCGAGUAUAGACGUACAGGAUCCGUCUCUUCUCCAAAUAAAAAACGAAAUAGGUCAUCACUCUUGAGUCAAACUUCAAGCCAAAAACCUGACGAUUUGGAUCGUAAUACAUUACGGAAAAAGGUGUGUUACGAUUUGGAUCGUAAUACAUUACGGAAAAAGGUUUAUUCGAUUUGGUUACGCCGUGAACUUCCAACGAUCAAUAGAAUACUGGCUGAAGUUAACAAAGAUCCUGUGCUUCCAAAUUUUAAACGUACUGCUUUUGAUAACAUAAUUAAAAAUUUAGAUUUUGUUUUCACUAAAUGGAAAAAGCACAGUGUGUUGACGGAGAAUGAAGAUUUGAUUGUUUGGCGGCGCAACUAUUUAAAUGACAUUCGUAAAUAUCGUGAAGAGGACCGUACAAUAUAUUAUCUGGAUGAGACGUCGUUGAAUGCUGGUGAUUUUAUGGACCAAGACGACCAAGUAUUGAAGGACAAAUCGGUAGUUCACAAACACGAAGCUUUUAACAAAGGCAUUAAAACUGAUCUGGAAAAUCUGACGGGGAAUGGGAAUCAUUUGAUUUUGUUUCAUAUUGGAUCAAACAAAGGAUUUUUAAAAGGAGGCCUAUUAUGUUUUGAAUCAAAAAUGAGUAGCGGUGACUACCAUGACGAAAUUAAUGGUGAUCAUUUUAAAGAGUGGUUUGAAUCUAUUCUCCCUCGUCUUGAGCCAAACUCCAUUGUAGUUAUGGAUAACGCACCGUAUCAUUCAACCAAAUCCGAACAAAUUCCGACGCUGAGUUCGAAAAAAACUGAAAUAUUGGAAUGGCUUAAUUCAAAAGGUGUCACUUUCGAUAAGCCAUUGUUGAAACUUCAACUGCUGGUCAAGGUACGUGAGUUAAAACCACGAUUCUCAUCGUACGUCAUUGACAAAUUGGCAACAAACUCAGGUCACACAGUACUCCGAUUACCACCAAAUCACAACAAAUUCAACCCAAUUAAAUUGGCAUGGGCAAUGAUGAAAGGAUAUGUAAAACGAAACAACGAGACGUUUAAGGUCGAUAGCAUUAGAAAACUCGUUAACAUGGCAAUCGAUCGAGUGACGAAGGAAAACUGGAAAAAUUUCAUUAAUAACGUCAUCGAAGAAGAAAAUAAAAUUUGGAUAGUCGACGACAUCAUGGAUGAAAUGCUUGAUUAAAUAGAACCUUGUGUACCCACGAUUAAGUGUGUGACAUGCCACUGGCAUCUAUGUUUGACAACUGACUCCAUCUAUAACUAUUUAAUAUUUAAUUUUUAUGUAUUGAUCUUUUUAUAUACUUAUGUUUAUUUUGUAAUACAUAUUAUAAUGUAAUACUGUAAAUAAUUAAAUACAUACAAGUAAAAAACUGUAUAAUUGCUGAUUAUAGCUUAACGUUAGUUGACAAUGAAUUUGCUUUUAAAAUAAUUUAGAACGUUUUGAACUUGAGAAAAUAUCAAGUAGUCUAAAAAUAUUAUUUAAAUCAACCAACAUUAUCUUUAAAUGAUAAAAUAUUUAAACUUUGGAACGUUG